UAAGGCAGAACCCCGAGCCGGAGCAGGGCCGUGGCAGCGCCACUGACCACACGUGUGUGUGUAUGUGCCCGCCCAGGGAGACAUGGACAGCUGUCUGGCGGCCGCGGCGCUGAACGGGGUGGACCGACGUAGUCUGCAGCGUUCGGCUAGGCUGGGCCAAGAAGUGCUGGAGCGGGCCAAGAGGAGAGCGGUGAACUGGCGUUCCCUGGAACUCCCCAAAGGCAGCAUGGGGGUUCUUGCCCCAGAGGGGCCCGACCGAGAAAGACGGCUGGCAGCCGGCCCCCAGCGCUUUCUCCCUGGAAAGGGAGAAGAAGGAUACCCAACCCUCAGUGCUUCCUUCAGAACAAUGGCUGAAUUCAUGGACUAUGCUUCAAGUCAGUGUGGGAAAUACUAUUCUUCUGUGCCAGAGGAAGGAGGGGCGACCCAUGUCUAUCGUUACCACAGAGGGAAGUCGGAGGUGUCGUGGCGCUCAGACACGAGGAACGGUCAGAGACAAGACACAUCCCUUGGUCUUGAAGGCAUCUGUCAAGCAUCACAGUGUGGUCUAGAGGCAUCCCAACCCGCAGAGAACAUCUCUAAGGACCUCUACAUAGAAGUAUACCCAGGGACCUAUUCUGUCACCGUGGGUCUGAAUGACUUAACCAAGAAGACUCAAGUGGUAGCAGUUGAUUCAGGACAGAGUGUGGACUUGGUCUUCCCCAUAUGAUGCUGACCAUCACCUGGGCCUCACAUCACCUCUUUUUAAGUAGCCAGGAGAAUGAAGCCACUGUAUGAGUCUCUUAAUAUUUACACAUUAAUUCUGCUUUUAGGGCUGACUAUAGAGGUUCAGCCUUCCUGGGAACUGAAGUGCCUGUCUCAGUGCCUUUUUUAACCUAAGUGUGUGGAAGACUUCCACGCUUUUUUGCCUGAAAGUAAUAAUGUAAUGAUGCUGUCUGAGCAGUUUUUAGUGCUUGCUUUCCAAGCAAAUGUUAAUUAUGAUAAUAAAGGGAGAGAUUUGGAAAUAAAGAGAAUUCUAUUUUA